AUAUUUACUGGAGCUGGACGUCGAUCAGUUCAGUGGAUUUUAACCUCCAGUUUUCAGCUCUGCAGGCCUCUCUUUACAUCAGGACUGUCUUCUCUACCCCUGGAACUGGUUUUCUUAUUUUUCACGAGAGUUUGAGAAUAUGUGUGAAUAAACCUGGAAACAUGAGGUGUCUGCUGCUGCUGCUGCUGGGGCUCCUGAUCCUCCAUCAAAGCUGCUGUUUCGAGUUUGUGAUCGACGGAGAGUGGGAGGAAGAUGUGGAUCAUCAGGAUCACCGGGAGAGGCACAAGAGGGCGACGCUGACCAGCGAGGAGCAGGAAGACUUUGAGGCCAUUAGCGGAGAGGACAUCACGGUCAGGAGCUACAAGGUGGAGAGCCGCAUCACGUCCCGCUUCGCUCACGUCACUGUCAAGAGCUCAGUGGUCAACUCAGGCGCCAAGGCUCAGAGCAUCGCCUUCAACGUGCAGAUCCCCAAACGAGCCUUCAUCUCAAACUUCACCAUGAAUGUGAACGGCAUCACGUUUGUGGGCUCAGUGAAGGAGAAGACCGUAGCCAGGAAACUGUACGCUCAGGCCAGAUCCAGAGACAAGGCAGCGGGCAUCGUCAGGACUAAUUCCCUGGACAUGGAGACCUUUAAGACGGAGGUCCACGUUCCUCCUGGCAGCAACAUUGAGUUUGAGCUUCACUACCAGGAGAUGAUGGAAAGGAAACUGGGCUUCUAUGAGCAUUCUUUGUUCCUGCAGCCUGGGAGGCUGGUCCCACACUUCCAGGUGGAUGUUUACAUCUAUGAACCGAAGGGAAUCGCCUAUGUGCAAACACCAAACACACUUGGAGAAAACUUUGCAGAGCUAAUUAAAGUUAUAUCGACCAAAGACAAGGCUCACAUCGUCUUCAAGCCCACCAUAAAGCAGCAGAGAAAGUGUGAAAACUGCACAGAUAGCGCCAUCGACGGUGUCUUUUCUGUCAAAUACGACGUAACCAGAGACAGCAACGCUGGGGAACUCCAGGUGUCCGACAGCUACUUUGUUCUUUUCUUCGCUCCUUCGAACCUUACCCCGCUUCCUAAAAAUAUUGUUUUUGUUAUUGAUGUCAGCGGGUCCAUGUGGGGGGUCAAAAUGAAGCAGACAGUUGAAGCCAUGAAGGCUAUUUUAGAUGAUUUGACUGUGGAAGAUAAUUUCAGCAUUAUAGACUUUAAUCAUAAUGUGCGCUGCUGGAAUGAGGACCUGGUCCCUGGCUCUCCUCUUUACACUGCAAAUGCUAAAACAUAUAUCGAGAACAUCAAACCCAACGGAGGCACCAACAUCAACGAGGCGUUAAUCAGAUCAGUUCAGAUGCUGACCAGGGCGUUCAAUCAGGGAGUCUCCAACCCCCGCUCCAUCUCCAUGAUCAUCCUGGUGUCUGAUGGAGACCCCACUGUUGGAGAGAUCAAACUCAGCGUGAUCCAGAAGAACGUGAGGCGAGUGAUGAAGGAGGAGUUCUCCCUCUUCUCUGUGGGCAUCGGCUUUGACGUGGACUACGACUUCCUGGAACGUAUCGCUAUGGAGAACAGGGGGAUGGCUCAGAGGAUCUACGCCAAUCACGACGCAGCAGAGCAGCUACGGACAUUUUACCACCAGGUUUCAUCUCCUCUGCUGAGGAAGAUCAACAUCCAGUUCCCAGAGGAUGCUGUGACAGAYGUCACCCAGAGCCAGUUCGAUAAGUACUUCAGCGGCUCGGAGCUGGUGGUGGCCGGGCGAGUUCUGCUGUCAGAGAGCAACACUCUGACGGGCUUUACUACAGCCUCCGCUGCCAGUCUGGAGCUCCUUUUGCAGACGGACGCUGACGUGACCGAGUUGGACGCAGAGCUGGCCAAACAGCAGCACUCGUUCAAUGGAUUCGCCCGACAGAUGUGGKCUUAUCUCACCAUCAAACAGCUGCUUGCUGAAAGGUCUUUGGCUACAACAGCAGCCAAAAAGAGAAAAAUCACUCAGCGGAUCAUGACUUUGUCUCUGGAUCAUCAGUUUGUCACGCCGCUCACCGCUCUGCUGGUGGAGAGCGACAACGAGAGGCUGCUGGCCGACUCCCCGAGGGACCCCAAACAAGGCUGCUGCUCAGCAGCUGGUCCAUCUCAUCCUCGUGUUGAUGUGGUCUAUGCAACACCACCUUCACAUCCUCCCUGGGUCGUCAUGCCCACUGCAUCCCCCCAAGGUCCCCGAGAAGCUCAAAGUGGUCCUGAGGAGAGAACUCAGCCCGGCUUUAAGCCUGUGAACAGAGUGGACAACGACCCCCACUUCAUCAUUCACCUCCCUGGAAGGAACAUGGAUGUCUGCUUCAACAUCGACUCCAAACCGGGUCACAUCCUUAACAUGCUGUCAGACGCUGGAACAGGUGUCGUGGUCAACGGUCAGUUAAUCGGCUCCAAAAAGGUGCAGAAAGGCAAACUGAAAACCUACUUCGGCGUCAUCACAGUCUACUACCAGCCAGAAGGAUUCAGCGUGACGGUCAGCACUGACAGCAUCAGCACCACCGAUGGCAGGAGCAACAACUCCUUCACCUGGGGGGCCACCGCUGAUAUCGCACAGGAUGGGGUGAGGGUUUCUAUCAGGAAGAACGCUCACGUCACCAUCACAGUAAAUAAUAGGAUCCAGGUGAUGGUGCUGCUUCACCGGGUUUGGAAGAAACAUCCGGUUAACGUUGACUUCCUGGGGAUUUACAUUCCUGACAACAACCAGUAUUCACCUCUGGUCCAUGGGCUCAUAGGGCAGUUUUCUCGAGAGCCUGACGUGAGGGUCUACGACAUCCACGAAGGAGCCGACCCCCUGAAGAAGGAGGCCACCAUGGAGGUGAAGGGCAACAAGCUGCUCGUCACCAGGGGUUGGCAGAAGGACUACAGACAGGACAUAAAAAAUGGAACGGACGUCUACUGCUGGUUCAUUCAUAACAGCGGGAAAGGUUUCAUCGACGGUCAUUACAGCGACUACAUUGUUCCAGAUCUGAACAGCUUCCUCCAGCUCCCCUGAGGGGCCACACUCACAAUCAGCUGCCCCCUGCUGCUUUUAGAAAAGCUGCAAUCAUCUAAAAAGUUCAAACAAAACAAAAAACAUGCAAUGCAAGAAAAAAAAAAAACACAUUUUGUAAUUUUCUUUAUUAAAAAAGUAUGCUUUUCCAUUUGCACUAAAAGUGAGGUUUGUCAAACAUACUCGGACAAAACAUUGACUUUUGUUCCAAAAAUAAACAGAAAAUACAACGAA